UCUUUAACAAACUCAAAAAUUCAAUGAUUAAGCUAUGGAGGACAUAACUUCAUCAAUCCAAAAAAAAGGAAACAAAAAUUAUUUUACAAUUUUAGAGAUUUCAAUAGGUGCCCUAAUCACAACCUCUCUUGCACUCUAUAUUCUUCACAUAAUCUUCACCAAAUAUUUCAAAAGAAGAAAUCAAACUCUUUAUGUUGAACCAACAACUUCAAUAAGUCUUGAUAAUCAUAUCCUAAACACAAUCCCAAUCCUUUUUUAUUCUUCCAAAACAUGUGAUUUAUAUAGCAUUAAUAAAGUUGAUCAAUGUGUAAUAUGUCUUGGAACUUUUCAUAAAGGUGAUUUAAUUCGUUGGCUUCCUAAUUGUGGUCAUAUAUUUCAUGUUUCAUGUAUUGAUCAUUGGUUUCAUGCACAUAUAACUUGUCCUAUUUGUCGUGCGCUUGUGCAUGGGCCGAGCGGAAAUCGAGACCUUGCUGGUGCUCGGCCUGUGCUGCAUAGGACAAGAUCGGGCGGUUUGAUGUGUCAUUCAAAUAAAUUGGUGCUACCCGUACAAGGGUUAGGACCUUGUGAUUUGGUUAAGGUUCAGUUGAAGAGAUCGCUGUCGAUGAAUGAAUCUUGUGCGGUGAUUGAUACAAGGGAACAAAGUAGUUCUUCUUCUUCCUCUUGUUCUUCAUUAUUAGUUGAUAAUAGUUCUUGUAAUCAUCCUACUAUUUCAAAAUUUGAUUUUUUAUUAAGUAGAUUGUAUGGGUAUAGUGAAGGACAUGGAGGUACUCUAAGGAGUAAUGGUAUUCUACCUUAUUGAUUAGUUAGAAAUUUAGUGCUCUUCUAUCUCUUGAGUUUACUACAAAAGGGUUUUAAUUUCCACAAAUAUUAAAAAGUACUUCAAGAAUAAUAGUUUUAGAUAAGAGGCAGGCAAAAUACAAUAGGAAAAAUGUAUGGAUCAAAUGAAAAAUACGUCAAGUAUAUAGAUGAAAAUUAAAGAGUGUGAAUCAUAGUCAAAAUUAAAUCGUAGUGAAUUCUAUGAGACUCACUAAAAAAAAUUAUUUCAAUACUAGUAAGAAUAAAAAGAGAGCAGAAAUAGGUAAAGUAAACUAAAAUGAAAUAUAACAAACUCUAAAAAACAUUAAAAAAAAAAAGAGAAAA